GAGCCGGGCAGCAGCGGCCGCGGUAGCAGCGCAGCGCCGCCUUCACUCCUCCGCCGGGUGCUACCGCCGCCGGCCCCCGGUGCCGCUCCGGCAGCGACACAGCCGCCGCGGUGCCGCUCCCUCUCCCCCUCCCGCCUCCCUCCCUCCGCUGCGGCUUUCUCUCCUCCUCCGGCCCCCCUGCCAGCCCCCUCCCUCUCUCCCUCCCUCCCUCCUUCCCUUCCCCCUUUAUUUUUCUCCGCAAGACUUUGGCUCUGGAAGCAGCUGGUUGAAAGCAAUCGCCAUGUGAUGAGCGUCUGGGUCGGGUUUUUUAUUUUCAUUUGGGGGGGGGGAGGGUGCAGGUUUCUGAUCGCAGAGAAAUUUAUUAAUAAGAAUUUCCGAAACAACAACAGCAGCAACAACAAGAGCAACACCUCCCCCCCCCCUUCCCCUAAACCUCCUCAGCCGUAACAGCCUCCCUCCCCCCCACCCCCGGGCCCGCUCCACCCCGCCCCACGCCCUCCCCCCCCCCACCUUUGGCUGCAGCGAGAGGGGCGACCCCCGAAAGUUGCGCGGAGGCGAGGCUGGUAAUUGUCUGAGAUUCUGCUGUAGAUGGUGGAAUGCUCUGCAGCUUGAAGAGGGUGGUGGUGCUUGGGUAAAUUGACUUCUUCAGAGCGAUGAGGCAAGAGAGAAGUUUGUAAAAGCAGGAAAAUGUGAUUGCAUGAACAUCAUUGUUGGCAGGAGGACUCGGUGGCUUCAGACAUAACUGUAGGUGAUGCUUGAAUGAAAGAGCUGAGCCACACCAUCCAGAAAAGUGUCUAGAGCAGCAGCUGACUUGCUCGGAGAUUGCUUCCAGGACUGUGUUCUAAGUUGCUAUCAACUGAGCUGCCAGAACAUUGCCCUACAAAGCUUUGGAGGGCCACUUCUUAAUGGAUUGCUGCAGCCUCUUCAUUUCUCCAUUGAUCCUGUUCCCUGCAUCGUGAGAACAUUUUAGCCAGCACAGAACCUAGAAAAGUUACAUGGUGUGAACGGCAUGUCUGUGGAUGAGAAGACUGACUCCCCCAUGUAUGUGUAUGAGUCAACGGUGCACUGUACCAAUAUUCUCCUCUGCUUAAAUGACCAGCGGAAGCAGGACAUUCUCUGUGACGUGACGCUCAUCGUGGAGGGGAAGGAGUUCCGCGCCCACCGGGCUGUGCUGGCUGCCUGCAGCGAGUACUUCUUGCAGGCCUUGGUAGGGCAGACGGAAAAUGACUUGGUGGUCAGCCUGCCGGAAGAGGUCACUGUCAGGGGAUUUGGUCCAUUGUUGCAGUUUGCCUACACUGCUAAGCUGUUGCUCAGCAGAGAAAACAUCCAGGAAGUCAUCCACUGCGCUGAGUUCCUGCGCAUGCACAACCUGGAGGACUCCUGCUUCAGCUUCCUCCAGACACAGCUGCUGAACAAUGAAGAUGGCCUCUUCCUGUGCAAGAAAGAUACCACCUGUCAGCGCAUGCAUGAUGAGGAGAACUCAGACGGAGACGAGGAGGAGACGAUGGAAUCGGAGACGUCAAAAAUAUCUUGCCCAAGAGAGAGGAUGCACCAAGAGCCUUUCAACUUUGAGAGCACUGUUGCUGGAGCAGACAAAGGCGAAGGGAUGCUGCCUGACUCUGACAUGCUGAGGGACAGCAAGGACAGUUUGGACAAGGAUGCAGUAACACGGUACCCCAGAUACAAGAAAUACCAGCUUGCUUGUACCAAGAAUGUCUACAACACAUCACACAUCAGUACCUCAGGUUUUGCAAGCACAUUCAGUGAAGAGAGCUCUGGAAACGGCCUCAAAUCAGGACUUGCUAUGGGGCAGAUUAAAAGCGAGCCUCAGAAUGAAGAGAACGAUGAAGAAAGCAUCACACUCUGCCUGUCUGGAGAUGAACCUGACAUCAGGGAUAAAGAAGGGGAUGUUGAAAUGGACAGAAAGCAGCCGAGCCCCACUUGUGUUGACAGGCCAAAAAGUGGGUCCUCUCCUUCUUGCCUGCGAUCUUUCUUCAACAGAACAAAAAGCAUAGAUUUGGUUGGCUUCCCCAGCACUUCCCAGCAGCACUUUGGCAGGAGUCCAGCAUGCCCUUUUGAAAAAGGGACAACUCAGGGUGACCACAAAACUGAUUACGUCCCUUUCACGGGCAACUAUGGACAGUCCCAUGCCAUGCAGAAGGAUGCUUCCAACUUCACAGUGGGAUCGCCGCUCAGGGGGCCCGGCUUUGAAACUCUCUGCAAGCAAGAAGGGGAACUGGACAGGAGGAGUGUUAUAUUCUCUUCAAACGCUUGUGACCAAGUCAAUACUUCGGUGCAUUCAUAUUCUGGUGUGAGCAGCUUGGACAAAGACCUCACUGAGACUGUGCCAAAGGGCCUGUGGGCUGGCAGCAGCCAGUCUCUCCCCAGCUCUCAGACCUAUUCGCACGGCGGGCUGACAGCUGAUCACUUGCCGGGAAGGAUGCGGCCGAACACCAGCUGUCCGGUGCCAAUUAAAGUCUGCCCUCGUUCUCCUCCCUUGGAAACCAGAACCAGGACCUCCAGCUCGUGCUCUUCCUACUCCUACGCAGAGGACGGCAGCGGUGGCUCUCCCUGCAGCCUGCGUCUCUGCGAGCUCUCCUCUUCCCCUUGCUCCCAAGGCCCCCGGUUCCUGGCGCCUGAGCACCAAGAGCCUGGCGUGGUGGGGGAUGGAUUGUACAACCCAGUGCGAGCCCAGAUUAAAUGUGAGCCAUCCUAUGGAACAAACUCCAGCGAUGAGUCUGGGUCAUUCUCAGAAGCAGACAGUGAAUCAUGUCCUGUGCAAGACAGAGGGCAUGAGGUGAAACUUCCUUUUCCUGUUGAUCAAAUCACAGAUCUUCCAAGGAAUGAUUUCCAGAUGAUGAUAAAGAUGCACAAGCUAACCUCAGAGCAGCUCGAGUUCAUCCACGACGUCCGCCGGCGCAGCAAGAACCGAAUUGCAGCUCAGCGCUGCCGCAAGAGGAAACUGGACUGCAUUCAGAACCUAGAAUGUGAAAUCCGCAAGUUGGUGUGUGAGAAAGAGAAACUGCUCUCAGAAAGGAAUCAGCUGAAAGCAAGCAUGGGAGAAUUGUUAGACAACUUCUCCUGUCUUUCCCAAGAAGUGUGUAGAGACAUGCAGAGCCCGGAACAGAUCCAAGCUCUCCACCGAUACUGCCCCGUUCUCAGACCCAUGGAUCUACAGCCAGCCACCACCAUCAGCCCCUCCCCAGCCAGCGUGGAGCAGAGCCUGGCCACCUCGCAGUGCGUCGGGGAGAGCAUGCAGUGCUGCGCCGAGCAAGGGUCGGUGCAGCUGGCGGCACCCUGGCUGCCCAACAACAUCUCGGAGAACUGUGCGGCCGGCGCGGGGCUGGAAGGAGCCGACGCAGGUACUUACCCCGAGAGGGAGCUUCCGCCAGAGCAGAGCAGCCAGACGGUCACGGUAGACUUCUGUCAGGAAAUGACUGAUAAAUGUACAACAGAUGAACAGCCUAGGAAAGAUUACACCUAGUGACUCGUAAGCUUAACCUUGUCACACCUGGUCAGGUGUUCUUCAGUCAGCCAGUGGCAGCGUUCAUUUGUUGUCUAGAAGAACGUAUUUGGUGCACACUACAGUGGUCUUAGCAGCAAUACUGUUUUUAAGUAUUCCCUCCUCUCUACAAGCAGGAGUUCUCUUCACAAUGGUGCUAUCCCUCGCUCAGGCAGGGAACGAAGCAGUGGCGACACUGUCUGUUUUUGUAUGUUGAUUUCAAUCUUAACAGGGAUGGACAGAACACCUCUGAGGACCCAACCGCAGCUUUUUUUCUCAGUGGCCCAUGUCACAAAACCCUUAACUCAGGAAUUUCCUCUGAAUGUUCAAUUUUUCAUUGAAGACAGCUUCUUUACACAUCAAAGUUUUAUAGCUAAACUGUACAUAUUAUAUAUAAUAUAUAUAUAAAAUAUAUAUAUCCAUAUGCAAAA